AUGGAGGGCAAUUCUAUACUCCAUGCUUUUAACAACAUCUAUUUUGCAAUCUUUGCUUUAUUUUGCUUCAAGCUUUUAAUUAAGAUUUCUUUGGCUCUGCUGACUCACUUCUAUAUUGUUAAAGGCAACAGAAAAGAGGCUGCCCGGAUAGCAGAAGAGAUCUAUGGAAUAGCGCCAGGUUCAUGGGCAGAUCGAUCUCCUCUUCAUGAAGCUGCAUUCCAAGGGCGCCUGCUAUCUUUGAAAACAUUGAUUGCACAGGGUUUCAAUGUGAACAUUGUAACCAUAGAUCGGGUUUCUGCUCUCCACGAGGCCUGCCUGGGUGGCCAUGUCGCUUGUGCAAAAGUCUUACUGGAGAACGGCGCUCAAGUCAAUGCAGUCACCGUUGAUGGGAUCACUCCUCUCUUUAAUGCCUGCUGUAGUGGCAGUGCAGCUUGUGUGAACAUGCUGCUUGAAUUUGGAGCCACACCACAGCUAGAGAAUCACCUUGCUUCACCUAUUCAUGAAGCAGUAAAGAGAGGUCACAGGGAAUGUAUGGAAAUUCUCGUGGCCAAUGACGUUGACAUUGACCAAGAAGAUUCGCAGCACGGAACACCCCUUUAUGUGGCCUGCAUGUAUCAAAGGACAGACUGUGUCAAGAAGCUUCUCGAACUAGGAGCCAGUGUUGACUUGGGUAAACGAUUAGACACCCCACUCCAUGCUGCAGUUAGGAAAUCCAGCGCAGAAGCAGUCAACUUGUUAAUGGACUAUGGCGCUAGUUUGACAUGCAGAAAUGCUGAAUUCAAAUGUGCCCUUGAUCUGGCAGCCCCCAACAGCAAAGUGGGACAGGCCCUCUUGCUUCGGGAAGGUCCUGCCAGCCUUGCCCAGCUGUGUCGGCUGUGCAUCAGGAAGUGUCUGGGUCGCUCAUGUCUUUAUGUAGUCCACAAGCUGAAUCUUCCUGAGCCACUUGAGAAAUUCCUCUUAUAUCGAUAGCUCUAUGACUGUCUAUAAGAUGAUUGCCAUAUAGAAGAGAGGAACAAAAUGGCUGUUUA